UCGGGAACCGGGGGAACCGAUUGCUCACGCAUGCGGAUGAACUUGUAUCGGAGAAUCUGAUUGACAGUCAGUAGCGGUACCUGUACGAGGAAAUAUCGCGUUUGCUGCUUCAGCUUCUGUCACAGUCAGGGGCUUCAGCUUGGCAACGCGUUAGUGACUUCAGCUUGUCUGCUGGGGAAUGGUGAAACGUUACUGUUGUCGAGGUGUAAAAUCACUUGAAGUUUUGAGACAGCCGCCGCAGCGGCAGGAUGAGUGUGGUGGAGGUGGGUCUGCGCGUGGUGCGUGGUCCCGACUGGUCGUGGGGCGCCCAGGACGGCGGGCCCGGUCACACAGGCACCGUGGUCGAGGUGGGCGGCUGCAACAGCGUCACCACCCCGGACAAGACGGUCGUGGUCGUCUGGGACUCGGGCAACAAGACCAACUACCGCGUGGGCUACCAGAACGCCUACGACCUGUCCGUGUUCGACUCGGCGGCCGCAGGGGUGCGGCACCCGCAGACGGCGUGUGCCGGGUGUAAGGAGCGCGCCAUUCGCGGCAUGCGCUGGCGCUGCGCCGUCUGCCCUGACCCGGUCGACCUCUGCACACUCUGCUACAUGGCUGACCGGCACGACACCGCACACGCCUUUCUCAGGGUGGAGCGGCCCGGGCAGCCCGGGCGCGAGGUGCCCUGUCGCCGAGACUCGGCCAAGAUCCAGCUGAAGGGUAUCUUCACGGGUGCCAAGGUGGUGCGUGGCGUCGACUGGGAGUGGGGCGACCAGGACGCCAACAAGGUGGGCCGCGUCACGGACAUCCACGGAUGGGACAACGAGUCGGGACGAUCGGUGGCUAACGUGAGCUGGCUGACAGGCGUGUCGAACGUCUACCGCAUGGGCCACCAGGGCAAGGUGGACCUGAUGCUGGUCAACGGCGGGGAGGCCGCCGGUGGCAACUGUUACACCGAGCAUCUACCCGCGCUGGGCCGACCGCUGCCUGCCGCCGCCGCGGCAGAGGCGGGCGCCGCGGCGGGGGCGGGGGCGGCGCCCGUGCGGCCGGCCCCGGCGCCGCCCGCCCGGCCGGCCGCCCGCCUGUUCUCAAUGGGCGACCGUGUGCGGGUGGCGGGCGACGCGGCCUCCCUGCAGGCGGCGCAGGAGGGCCACGGCGGCUGGAACCCGCGCAUGGCCGACUUUAUCGGUCAGGUGGGCGUGGUGCACCGGAUCACCGACCGCGGCGAUAUCAGGGUCCAGUACCCGAACGGUACCCGGUGGACCAUCAACCCGGCGGCGCUGGUGCGCGUCAGCCCACUCACCGUCGGCGACACGGUGCGCGUGCUGGAGGACGCGUCGCGCGUCAAACUCCUUCAGAAGGGACACGGCGAGUGGAUCGAGAUGAUGAGAAUGUGUCUGGGCAAGACGGGCCAGAUCACCAAGAUCUACGCGGACGGCGACCUGCGUGUGAGCAUGAACGGGCAGACGUGGACCAUCAACCCGCUGUGCGUGACCCCCGUCACCGGGGCUGCCUGCGCCGCCUCGGGGGCCGCGGCGGCGGGGGCGGGUCCGGCGGCGGCGGCCGGUGGCGCGGCAGCACCCGAUAACAACUCACUGAGGGUCAGGGAGAGGGAGGAGCAGCCAGGCACACUGGUGUCGUUCAUCAACAGUUUCCUGGAGCAGCACAAAGACACAUCAUUGGCCGACCGUCUGGUGCGGGACGCCGCCCAGGGGCGCACCGAGGCCGUCCGAGAGUGGCUGGAGAAACAGAGAGAUAAGGUGGACGCCAAGUCCAGCGGCCGCACGGCGCUCCAGCUGGCCUGCCACCAGGGCCACAUGGACACGGUGCGGCUGCUGCUGCACGCGCAGGCCAGUGUGUCGGCCACUGAUGACGACGGAGACACGCCGCUGCACUACUCGGCCUUUGGUAACCAGCCGGAGAUUAUGGAGCUGCUGAUCAGGAAGGGAGCGGACGUGAACGCCACUAACCGUGGCCAGUGCUCGGCGCUGCACGUCUCCGUCAACAAACAGCACGUGGGCUGUGUGCGCGUGCUCGUCAAGGCUAGCUGCAACCCCAACCUGCAGGACAUGUACGGGGACACAGCGCUGCACGACGCCAUUGGGAAGGACAACCUGGAGAUUAUCGAACUGCUCGGAAACGUGCCCGCACUCGACUUCAAGAUCAAGAACAAGCGAGGCUUCAACGUGCUUCACCAUGCAGCGCUCAAAGGAAAUAACUUCGCCGUGGAGAAGCUGCUGGGCCGGUCGCGGCAGGCGGCCGAUAUGAAGAAGGAGGACGGUUUCACGGCGCUGCACCUGGCCUGUCUGAACGGUCACAGCGCCGUGGUCGAGACGCUGGCCGUGCUGGGACAGUGCGACCUGGACGCCGUCAACAACCGGCGACAGACACCCCUACUCCUGGCCGUGUCGCAGUUACACCUGGGUAUUGUCGAGUACCUGGUGAGUCGCGGCGCCUCAGUGCUGCUGGCGGAUGAGGACGGCGACACCCCACUCCACCUGGCCUGUCUGAAGCUGGCGGCCUCCAGUGAGGUUCGGCCCGGCGAGGCGCCCCUCAUCCACGGCAUCAAGGCGCACCUGGCCUCGCAAGGAACGGAGGUGAGUCUGGUGCAGGCGCUGGCCUGCUACCUGGCCCAGGAGGGCGCGCCUCUGGACCAUAUCAACAGGAAGAACCGCACGCCCCUCGACCUGGCCGUCCGCGGCAGCGACAGAAAGUUCGCCGAUCUGCUGCAGUGGUACUCCAAACAGCGGAGCCACUCGCUGGAGCUUCCAUCGCUCUCCGAUCUGGUGAAGAAGACGAUGAAGCAGGCCUCGGGAGGCGCCUCUGGAGGCGAGCCCCAGUCACCGGACGCCCAGCCCAACUCCUCCGUGGCCGUGGGAGCGCUGGCAGACCACACCGCCAAACUCAAACUGGAUAACGACGAGGAGUCGUGUAUUGUGUGCUGCGAGCUACCCGUCAGUGUGGAGUUCGAGCCCUGUGGCCAUAGGAUCACCUGCGAUCACUGCUGCGUCAGGAUGAAAAAGUGCCUCCGCUGCCAGGCGCAAAUCGUCACCAAAAAGACCACAGACGGGAAGGUGUUAUCUGCGCGCGGCAAAGUGUUCUCGGUGCUCGGCACCGAGCGGCUGCGCUACCUCGAGACCAAGAUCGCCGAGAUCGAGGAAGUGCACGGCUGUUCCAUCUGCAUGGAGCGCCGGCGUAACGUCGUUUUCCUCUGCGGUCACGGCGCCUGCGCGGUCUGCGCCCACGCCCUGCAAAACUGCCACAUGUGCCGCAAGCCCAUCACUCAGAAGAUCAACAUCUACUAACGGUACAUUGGCGGCGGGCACGGCGGGUGGCCGAUCCGCGGGAUGGGGGAGACAUCCUGAAACCAUGACGGCGAGCGCGGCCGUCGCGGUCGAGAUCUGAGCCUGUGACGGCGUCUGUUGGGGACGGGGUGGGCCGGGCGGCGGGGCCCCGCCCCGCGGAGGUGGACGGACUGCGCCGGCAGCGGCUUAUGACGUCAGAAUGACGUCACUUCGCGCCGGGCGCCGAGUGCUGUGAUUGUAUACUCCGUGUAUGUUUCUGCGUGCGUAGUAUGUCGGUUUUACACGUGUGCCGUGCACUCAGCACGUGUGUCAUCGGGACAAGGAUGUCCUGGGUCAGCUGAACAUAGUCCAAGGAACUGCUUUUGCUGUCCAGAAAUAGCUGUAUUAAGUACCCGGGUCAUCGGGCCAUACUCUGUCCUCUGCUCGGGUGCCACAUGCAACGUACUCUGCUUUUGCUAGCACUGAGCUAAUUCCGCCGCGCGAGCGCUGCCCCGCGGUUCGUGUGGGGCUCAGUUGGCUACUCAGCGCCCUCGCCUAAUGCCGUCAUUCAAACCUAUGUACUCCGGUAAGCUUUACUCACCAAGUGCACAGCGUAGGUCUCUAAUCGCAGAUAGUCGCGUGGCUUCACCUUUCGAGGGCGCCUCAUGUGCUUUUAACUAGAGGCUAGGAAAUGAGGUCACGGGGCGAGCUUCAGAGUAUUUUACUGUACUAGAUGUGUAACUUUUGUAUAUGGCAUUACGUUACAAAUUUUUAAGACAUUGUAUUAAUUAUAUUGUUUACGUUGUGUGGUGGAGUGUUUUUAUUGCUUUGUCGUCCAAGCCUCGUGUGGUGAAGUGAAUGUUCGUGUGUACACAUUUCAACGUAUGUGUGUGUUUCUACUGUGAUUAUACGCUUGGCUACUGAAUAUACGAGCAUCUUUGAA